UCUCCGAGGGCGACAUAGAAAAAUCUGAUGAUAUUAUUGAAUUUCAUUAUGUGCGUUGUUGUUCGUGACUGUCCAUCCUGUCUGCAGGAGGGGGGAUGAUGACGCGCUGAGCUGACAGCAGCAGGUCCAGCUGGAGGGAAUAAAAAGGUGGAUGGAGUCCUCAUUUCAUCCGAACACACACCAAGCAACUUGUGCUGCUCACUUCACAGAAGAAAAAGAAAGAAAGUCACAUCAAAGAUGCAGAGGGGCUUUGGGAUUUUUUGCGUGUCGCUCAUCUUUUGCGCAACUCUGUCUGAGACCAUCGGCUUGGUCAUUGCGGCAAAGGAGAAACGUGGCUGGACACUGAACAGUGCUGGCUACCUGUUAGGUCCCCGUCGUAUUGAUCACCUAAUUCAGAUAAAGGAUUCUCCCAGUGCCAGAGGCAGAGACGAGCUGGUCACUCAAUAUGGAAUAGAUGGACACAGGACACUAGGGGACAAGCCGGGUCUGGCUGGCAAGAGGGACAUGGGCCAGGAGGAGGACUUCAGAACAGGUUCCCUGAGAAUAGCAGAUGGAGAUAUCAUCCACACUGUCAUUGACUUCCUGUCGUACCUAAAGCUCAAAGAUAUGGGAGCGUUGGACAGCCUGUCUUCCUCUGUGACAUCAGACGAACUGGCCAAUCCAUAACGUGUCUGCCUCUCUGCAGCUCAUCUCCAUCUCCCCAAGUCUAUGUUUCUGCUGUGUGGGCUCCCACUGCCCUAACUGUCACCUUCCUGUAGCUCCAUUCACAUUCUGAUUAGUCCUGGUACCAGAGAGCUGAUACCUUAACUCUUGAUUGAUUGCCCCCCCCCCCAAAUACAAAUAUCAGAUAUUUCUGCUCCUGUGUAAAUAAAACUUUAUAUUCACUGAAGGUCAGUGAGUGUCUGCUGACUGUAGGUUGAUCUAGGUAAUAGGGACCUCUGUUCACAACCCAACGCUGUAUUAUCAUCUUAAAAUACCAUCAUCUGAUGUAUGAGAAUGGAGUGAGAUAAAUAAACAAAUGGCACUGGACUCAA